GCUCACACAGACAGACUGCCCAGAGGGCGAGAGAGAGAUAGCAGGUCUGUUUCUCUCACUCUGUCCAUUAGCCAUUUAAAGGGUGAGAAGAGAGUGAGGUCUGUAAUAUACUGGGUCAACAGGGAAAGGGAAAGGAGAGUGAGAGAGAAGGAAAGGGAAAGGCUGCAGCUUGACAGGCUGAGAGGUCGGGAAAUCCAAAGUGAGAGCGCAGUGCAGAUUGCGUGAGAGAGAGAAGGGGGUGAGGAGAUUUGGAAAGUACCAGGGAGACAAAAGGAGGAAUUCUAAAAAAGAGGUCAACUAAGCUGGAGUCUCAACAGUAGAGGAAAAAGAAAAGACUCAGAGCUCUCGCUCUCUCUCUCUCUCUCUGUGUCACACACUUGAAGGAACCGCUGAGGAAACUUUGCCUAGUCAGACCAGAGGAUUUAUUUGAGCUGCGAAUUGCAUGCUUUCAACCACAGAAAUGGAGAAGUGGCCUUUCUCAUGAAGAUAAAAGGAUGUCACGAUCAGUUUUACUGUUGCUAUCAAUAUUGACACUCCAAGGUAGUGGAUGUGAUGACUUUUUGAGGGAGGUUGUCAAGAAUCUUCAAACCACCCUUAACUCAGACCACGCUGGAUUUCGUAAGGUGUUCCCUAAAGACUAUUGGAUUUCCCACCACUACAAUGUCAACCUGCUGUGCAACACAGAUCCGUGUUGUGUGUUCCGAGCUGCGACUGUUCUCUCUGACUCCUGGCUCCAGCUCCGCAGCCAGCUGUGGCCAGAGCACCAUAGCUUCGAAUUCAUCUCCAACCUUAUACAAGCCCUGGAUGACAGGGGUAUGACAAGAGAGAGAUUUGAGGAUCCUGACCCUUCAGUUCUUCCCUCCGUCUCCUCCUCUCCGGAGAAACUUCUCAACUUCACUUCAUCUGUUUUCUCCAAAUGGCUGGAGCUGGGGUGCUCGACCCCGGUGUACACUUGUCCCUUCCCCACUCUGGCCUCUCCUGCUGGGGAGGAAGAAAGGGCAGCUCUGGAAAGUAAAAAAGUGAGGUUAUUAACCACACGAGCAGUUCACAGGGAGAAUGAAGGGGAAACAGGGAUGAGGUUACACACACCUCCACCAACCAAUAGGAGCCCAACAUCCAAAGGUGGGCUCCUAUUAGUUCUUUCUGGGUCUUUGUUUUUGUUAAACCUUUAUUUAACUAGGCAAGUCAGUUAAGAACAAAUUCUUAUUUACAAUGACGGCUUACAUUGGAGCCUCCUGUUAUGUGGACUGCUACUGUGGAUGCUACUGUGGAGCGGUUGCUAUAGUUACUGAAGGGGAUCUCUUCAAUGGUGCACACAAAAUGCAAGAAAUAAAAUUAAAAAGAUUCCCUGCUUUUGAAUGAAUACAUCCUUUUCUUUUUGCAAUGUGUUUUGGAGCACUGGUUGGCUUUUUCUUCUCAAUCUGUCCAUUCUAGCUGUUCUAAUGCAGUAAGCUUUGUCAAUCAAGUGACUGACAUGCACACGUAAUUGUUGCACUGAAAGUACAACUGAAGUCAAGAUUAUGUAUAGAAUAACAACCUUUUAAUUUACUGUCUGCACACCAGAGUUCUAUUAUUAUAGCUAUAAGAAACCGUUACGUACCUAUACAACAUACCCAUACAACAUAGCCAUAUGUAUAAAAAAACAUAUUCUUCGCAAGCUAACUAAACACUAACAAGUGUUUUAUAUUGAGCAAGCUACAGCACAUAAAUUAUUGUCCAAUAUUUCUGAUCAAAUUCAUAUGAUGUUUACAAUGCAGUGGAAUGUGAAUAUUUUUUUGUUUGUCUGCUGGUCUUCAAUUAAUGUUGUUGUUUUUUUCUAUGAACUUUUGUACAUACUGCAUCUUGUAAAUAAAAACCAUGCAGCCAUUA